AUGAGUGACUACGAGCCUGAUUUCGAUGAAAGUUCUAGCUCAAGAGCUUCCCCCAAGAAACGAGAAAACAAAGAAAAGUCCCCUAAAAAAGAAAAAAUUGAAGCAAAGCCAGGCUCCCUGCCUUGAGAAGAAGAAUCCAUGACUUAUUCAAGAGAUGAUGGAAGCAAUCUUAUUCGACUGCAACGAGAAAACGUUCAGUUAAGAAAUAGAUUAAAAGAUCUUAGUCAAAGGCUAAAUGAUAUUAUAGAAAUCACACAAAGAAAGCGGUCAAAGAAGAGAGGAAGAAAGGUAGACACAAGCAAAGAAGAACUUGAAACUGCAACGAAGAAGCUUCAGCUCUAUGAGUAAACUCUAUGUAGGAAACAAUGAAAAAAACUGUCAGAUAGGACAGAAUCGUUGAAGGAUCCAGAAUACGAGAGAAUUCUGAAAGCAGAUAUUGAGAAUGAUGAAGCAGUUUUGCAAAAAUUAGAAAAUAAUGUCAAAAAAGGUGAAGCAAGCCAAAAGAAAAGAGGCAAGGCUUUAGGAGGCGUUUUAAGUACUGGAGAAACUGAAGACAUGUAUAAGCUCUACAAUGAGCUCAUAACUGAAAGCACAAUUUAUUCGAAAAAAUUAAAAAAAAUCGAAGACAGAGAUCAACAAAUAGAAAGCAGUUAUAAUGAAAUUGCACAAAAAUUAAAUAAAUUGGAAAGUUAUUAUAUCUUACUCCCCCCCUUCCGUGAGUGAACAAAAAAAUUUUGUUCACUCACGGAGGGGGUUAAUUUUUUUUUUUUUAAAAAAAUUUAUAUAUAAAUUUUAUAGAAAAUUUUUUUUUCGAAUUUUAAAAAAAUCCUAAUUUGCAAAAAUUGGAAAGCAAAUAUUAAUUUAAUUUAUAAAAUUUUAUGUUUUAAAAUGCAAUUUGUUUUAAAAUUAAAAAGAAUUAACUUGAGAUUUCAUUAUAAUAAUUAUCAUUUAUAUAUCAAAAUUUUUUUCCAUAAAAAAAAUUCUCUAUUAAAAACAUUUUUGUUCACUCACGGAGGGUGGGUUUUUGGCAAAAAAUAGCGAUUUUUCUAAUGGUUUUGUUCACUCACGGAGGGGGGGAGUUAAUAAAUUACAGAAGGGCAGAAUGCCUUAUUGGUUACACAGUCACCAAUGAGUUUUAUGAGUUUAUCCGCUUUGCGGCGCCCUUGACUUAGUUUUAUUGAAUGCUGCGAGAAUGCUCAAGCACCAUCUUUCUUCUUCUGAAGAAUCUGCCUCAAUGCCAAGACGGAUUGAGUGUGCAUGAGGAAGAUACGCCUCAUUCUUACCUUGUUGGGUCAUUGGAGAGUAGUAAAACCCUGGAGUCUAACGAAUGCUGGGUCCCUGCCCUCUGCAGCUACAGGAAAAAGGUUUAAUCCUUUAGGCCCAGACUACAAUCUCUGAUAUUGCGGUGAAGUCCACCUUUAUGGUCUGAAGGACAUUGCCAGGUUACUUCUUUGCACGGUUUCUUGCCCAAUUCUCCUUGACCAUAACUUGAGAAAAUUGCUUCAAGAGGUCGGGCGCGCUUAGGUCGGCAUUUUAUGUAUAUAAAGCUAUUAUGAUCAACUUAAAGACUUAGAAGUCCCAGAACAAGAUGAGUCUGAAAAGAAAGUCAAAGAUAAAAUAUCUCAACUGGAAAGAGAGCAUGAUAUAAAAGUUAAAGAUUUUAAUAGUAAAAUAAGGAAACUCAAUGGAAGGAUAAAGGAACUUGAAGGAGAAAUUGGAGAAGUUGACAAAGAGGAAAGUGAGCUGUACUUGGAAAUAGAAAGAAGGAAUUAUCAGAUCAAAGAAGCCCAAAAUAAUAUGUCGAAAAUGAGAGGAAGCAUGGAGUUCAUGGGAGAGAAAAAAGGCACAAAAACACCAUCAUCGAAUUUGUUUGAAACUGAGCUUCCUGAGGAUAUGAUUGACAAAAAAAUUUAUAGGUAA